CGCGAGAUGCCGUCGGAGCAGUUCCGCAUGGAGACCCUGGAGGCUCUCCGGAGCAGCCGCAAAGGGCAGCUCGUCUACUGUCGGCGGUGGGACCCGGGCGAGGAAAUUCUGGAAGGGUACAGAGCUCCCCCUGAGCUGUCACCCUAUUCAGGUUGGGUGCUGGAACGACUGCUCUCCCGCUCUCCCAAGGAAGGCCCUGUCUUUACAAGUUCAGCUCUUGAAGAAGAAUCUGCUCCUGUUAUAUCCCAGGUGUCCUCUUUCACAAGCACUGUUUCACCCACCAACCUGUUGCUUUCCAGACCACUUUCAACAGAAGCACCAAGUGAUGCGCAGGACUGUGAGAAAUGGAGAGAUCUGGAGACCAACCAGGAGAUCGUUACUGUGCCUCCACCUUCAAAAAACGUGGAGGUAGAAGGCCUCAUACGCUUGCACGAGGAAAGCCAGAGGUUGAAAGGAAAGGAAGAGCUCAGGAAGCGCCUGGAACAGCAAGAACAGGUGGUGAAGGCCGCCUCAGAGGAGGCAAGCGAGCUGCUGAAACGCUUCGAUGAGCUCAAGGAGCUCAAGCAGCAUCAGGAAUAUCAAGACCUGCAGCAAGUGAUAGAGAACAGCUCCAAAGAAACUCAAGGGCAACAGGAAAAGCUGAAGGAGGAGCAUCGACGCAGAGCCAAGCUUUUGAACCGGAAACUACGUGAGGCAGAGCAGCAGCGCCAGCGCCAAGAGGAACUGGAGCGCCUUCGCAAGGAGGAGAACCAGGAGCGGCUCCGGCGCCUCUAUUCCAUCCAAGAGGAGGUGCUGCGGAUCAAUCAACAGAUUGGGGUCCAUAACCGGCAUAAAGACUUGCCUGGGAUCGACCUGUCAGCCUACAGUAACCGUGGCAAUCAGAUUUGCGGGGAAGUGUCCAGGCUUGUCCACACAGCCAGCGAGAGAGGGUUUCCCGCUCAGGUGGACAUGGCCUCUGCUGAACAGGUACUCCUGGAAAUGCAAGGGUUAAUUGCCAGUAUGCAGCAAGAGAUUGGCCUGGCCAUGGAAGAGAAGAGGAGGCAUGAGGAGGCGGCGGCGGCAGCAGAGGCGGCAAAGGAGAGGGAGAAGGAGCUGCAGAAGCAGGAGCUUGCCAAAGCCCAGGCCCCAAAUCCUGCAAAGCUUGUUGGAGGGAAAUCCCUGGAGGCCGGACUGCAGGUGAAAGCAGCGGAGAAAACUCUGCAGUGGUACCAGCAAUUGCAGAAAGAGUGUGAGCAGUGCGUUGCUUCCUUCAGUGGGCUGGCUGACAGCCAAGACAGCCAGGUGAAAAAAAUCAGAAUGGAUUUGCAGAAGGCAGCCACCAUCCCGGUUAGCCAGAUUUCUACCAGAGCAGGUUCUCAGCUGAGAGAGAUAUUUGAUAAGAUCAAUAACUUCCUUUCAGGAAAGUCCGUACAUAGUGGCGGACGCAAUGUAACUGUUACUCAACAUCCUCAAGGCCUGGCAUUCGUUUAUUUCAAGCUGGCAGAAAAGUUUGUGAAACAAGGAGAGGAGGAAGUGGCUUCACAUCACGAGGCGGCUUUCCCCAUCGCUGUGGUGGCUUCCGGCAUCUGGGAGCUGCACCCCAAGGUUGGAGACCUCAUUCUGGCACAUCUGCACAAAAAGUGUCCUUAUGCCGUCCCAUUCUACCCAGCAUUGAAGGAAGGCACUCCCCUGGAAGAGUAUCAGAGGACACUUGGUUACCAAGUUAAAGAUUCAAAGGUCGAGCCACAGGAUAACUUCCUGAAACGUAUGUCCGGGAUGAUCCGCCUGUAUGCCGCUAUCCUCCAACUUCGGUGGCCUUACGGAAACAGUCAGGGGAGUCAUCCUCAUGGACUGAACCACGCUUGGCGCUGGCUGGCACAAAUGCUGAACAUGGAGCCCCUAGCAGAUGUGACGGCUACAAUUCUGUUUGACUUCUUGGAGGUCUGUGGGAAUGCUCUCAUGAGGCAAUACCAAGUGCAAUUUUGGAAGAUGAUGCUACUUAUCAGAGAAGAGUAUUUCCCAAGAAUUGAAGCAAUUACUAAUACUGGAGAAAUGGGCUCCUUAAUGAGGUUCAAGCAGUUCUUGGAGAAAUGUUUACAGCGAAGGGAAAUUCCUCUGCCAAAGGGGUUUUUGCCGCCAUCUUUCUGGAAGUUAUGAUUUGGCUCCUCCUGUUUU